AUGCGUCAACUGCACGAGUUGGGCGAAUUUUUUCGCGCAAAAUACGUGGCUUCCAAUUUUUUGCCCGCCAAUUUCUCCACCAAAACCGUAUACCUUCAGAGUUCGGACUCGGACCGGGCCCUGACUUCGGCCCAGGCUUUUUUGUACGGUUUUUAUCCGGCCCGCAACGCGGAAUGGCGGUGGGAAGCGGAUUUGGAUUGGCAACCGAUUCCGGUGCAUGCGGCGACGCCUGGGGAACCCGAUUUGGUGGGUACUGUGGAUUUUUGGGCCCUCUGAAGCCUUCUGAAGCCUUCUGAAGGCUUUCAGAAGCUCCUUAAGGUCCCUAAGGCUUUCUAAAGCCUUUCAAAAGCCUCUAACGCUCUCUAAAGCCUCCUAAAGCAUUUUUAAAGGAUUCUUAAGGUUCCUAAGGUCCCUAAAGCCCUCUGAAGCCUUCUGAAGGCUUUUAAAAGCUCCUUAAGGUCCCUAAGGCUUUCUAAAGCCCUUUAAAGCUCCUUAAAGCCUCCCUAAACCAUUUUAAGUUUCCUUAAGGUCUCUAAGGGACGCCUAAGGGUUUCUAAAGAUACUCUAAGCGUUUUAGAGGCUUCUUAAGGGUCCUAAGGUUCAUGAAGCUUUUAAAAGUUCACUAAGGGCUUUUAAGGUCCAUAAAGCCUUCUUUAAAGGUUCUUUAAGGUUUCUGAACCAUUUUAAGGGCUUCUAAAGAUACCUUAAGCAUUUUUUGAGGCUUUUUAAGGUCCCUAAGGUCCCUAAGGCCUUCUGAAUCCUCUUAAAGCUCUCUAAAGCCUUCUCCAGAUCCCUAAGGUCCCCUAGGGGCUUUUGAGAUCCACAAAUUUUUUUCUAGGCCUUUGAGAAGCUCCUUACGGCUUCUUAAGGUCACUAAGGCCUCCUAAAGCCUCUCAGAAGCUCCGUGAGACUCUUAAAGCUUCUUAAGGUCCCUAAGGUCCCUAAAGCCCCUCAAAAGCCCCCAAAAUCUUCCAGACUUGCAAAGCAACCUCAAUAAAAUGUCCAAAACACGCCCUCCUAGCUCAAGACUCCGAAAAUCGCGCAAAAACCUUCUACGAUCAAAAAUACGCCGAUUUUUUCCGCGAAAUUUCGGGCCAAAACCGGACCGGCCUGGAUAAUUGCUCCUAUUCGGACAUCAAUGGAUUAUACGAUAUUCAGCGGGAGCUGAUUCACGGGCUUUUGGGCCGGCAGCCCGAUUGGGUCCACAAAAAAUGGGCCGAAUUCGGGGGCCGCACAUCGAUGGAUUUGAUUUUCGAGAUGAGGACGCGGAAAAUGUUGGAUUUAUUUAAUUCCGAUGAAAAAUCCAGGCUUAUGGGAGGUUCAAUUUUGAAUAUUUGGCUCGAAAAUGCUAGAAAUGUGGCCGAAGGAAAAAUGGACAGGAAAAUGAUGCUCUAUUCAUCGGUAGGUCAAGAGUACUGUAGAUUUUGGCGCGAAAAAUGAACUAUUUUUUGUGAAAAAUGAGCCAAAAUAGGCCUAGGCCUAUUUUCGGGCCGAAUAGGGCCGCCCAGGCCUCAAAUAGGCUCAAUUUGGAUCAUUUUGAGGUACAGUAAGCCUGGGUUACUGUAGUUUUUUGGGCGCGAACAUUUGAAAUUCAAAAAAUUCUCAGAAAAUUUGAAUUUUCUCAAUUUCGCGCCAAAAAAUGGGCAUUGCUCAUGUUAAUCUAGGCAUUGCUCAUGUUAAACUAGAAAUUUAGGUAUUGCUCAUAUUAAACUAGAAAAUUGAGGAUUGCUCAUAUUAAACUAGAAAUUUGGGGAUUGCUCAUAUUAAACUAGAAAUUCUGGAAUUGCUCAUGGUAAACUAGGCAUGCUCAUAUUAAACUAGAAAUUUGGGGAUUGCUCAUGUUAAACUAGGCAUUGCUCAUGUGAAACUAGGUAUUGCUCAUGUUAAACUAGGUAUUUCUCAUAUUAAACUAGAAAUUUAGGCAUUGCUCAUAUUAAACUAGGCAUUGUUCAUAUUAAACUCGUCCUAGGCAUGUUUGGUGUCAAAAAACGGCAAAUUUUCCCACCUUGCUCAAUUUUCGCGCCAAAAAUCUGAAAUUUUCUGAAAUUUUCAGCACGACGGCGUCUUGCUGGCUCUUCUAAAUGCUCUCGGAGCCAGCAACAAUCAAAUGGUUCCCUACGCGGCCACUCUAAUCAUGGAGAUCUACAGUACCCCGAAAAAUGGCCACGUGGCACAAUUCUACUACCGUAACUCGUCAGAUUUGGCACCCGUCCAAAUUUUUUUGCCAAAAUGUCCAGAGCCUUGCGAAAUUUCGCAGCUCUAUUCGAAUUUUCAAAAUAUGACUGUCAAAAAUCUACAAGAACUGCAAGAGGUACGGUAAUUUUUGGCGCGAAAUUCAAAAAAUUCAAAAUUUUUGCAGCUUUGCUCUUCUGGGACACGUGGCAUUUUAUCGAUUUUUCUGUGGAUUUUUGUGAUUUUUUGGAAAUAA